ACAUAAUAUCAUAUUAACAACAUUUGUAUUUGUAGUGGUGUGUUUUAUUUAGUAAACACUUGUUAAUCGCUAUGCGAUUAUUUAUUGUUUUUUCACAGUUAUUUCUCCUUUCUGGGUAGUAAUGUGAACAACUUUUACAAACAUAGUACGUCAUCAAGCAUUCCUGGUUGGUCAGCUUUUUAACAAACGCACGAACAAAAAAAAUAUUUUUUUAUUAAUUUUACAAAAUCGCGUUCGGCUAUGUUUGGGAAAAAGUGAAACAAAAAAAAUUUAGUAAAUUAAAUAUCGUCCAGAGUUUUUGGGUUUUGGUAAUAGAAUGUUUGGUUUGAGUGAUUGUUGCGAUUGCCUUCAACGUAGUGGUUAUCAGCAAAUUUCCGUUGGUCAUGGUCCACGAUUUGGCGUACGGCAUAUACAAUGUAUUUUAGUGUUUUGUGGGUUAGCUGUUGCAUAUGCCCUUAGAGUUAAUUUAUCGGUGGCUAUUGUUGCCAUGACGGAUAGAAAUGCUACAAACCCAGAUUUUGAGGAAUUCAAUUGGGAUGAAAGUAUUAAAUCGUAUCUAUUAAGCAGUUUUUUCUGGGGUUAUGUCGUUACACAAGUGCCCGGCGGUUAUCUAUCGCACAAAUAUGGCGCCAAGUUUACAUUUUUAUGGGGCAUCUUAAUAUGCUCUCUAUUGGCUUUGUUAACACCAUUUUGCGCUGAAAUCGGUGGUUGGGUUUUCGUGUUGGCUUUAAGAGCUACUCAGGGCCUCUGCCAAGGCAUGAUAUUCCCAUCGACGCAUACAUUCCUUUCGAAAUGGGCACCGGCUGAAGAACGCGGUCGUUUAGUUACAUAUUGUUAUUCUGGAGCACAAUUCGGUACUGUGAUUAUGUUGACAAUAAGCGGUUUUAUAGCCUCCUCAUGGAUGGGUUGGCCUAGUAUAUUUUACAUAAGCGGUUUCGGAGGCUUACUAUGGUGCAUAUUUUGGUACUUAUAUAGCUACAGCACACCAGCUGACCAUCCUACCAUAACGCAAAAUGAAAGAAGAUAUAUUGAAACGUUUGGUCAACCCAGGAGGCAAUCUUCAGUUGGCGUCAGGAGGGAAUCAUCUACUAUGAGAACACCCUGGUGUCAGAUUUUUACUUCUGUUCCAUUCUUAACAUUACUGAUAGUGCAUUGUGCGAAUAAUUGGGGCUUUUGGACUUUAUUAACUGAGAUACCAACAUAUAUGAAAACUAUCUUAGGCAUUGACAUACGCAAUAAUGGCCCAUUGUCGGCUUUACCAUAUUUCGCUAUGACUGUUUUAGCAUUUUUAUUCAUCUUUGUCGCUGAUGUACUAAAUCGUGACGGUGCAAUGCCUUUGGCCUUUUCACGUAAACUAUUCAAUACGCUUGGCAUGUGGAUUCCUAUGGUCGCUUUAAUAGGUCUGGGUUAUAUAACUACCAGUCAAAGUACGAAAUUAGCCAUUACAUUGCUAACUGUUGCUGUGGGUGUUAAUGCAGCUACAUAUUUGGGCUUCCAAGUUAAUCACAUAGAUUUAUCACCAAAUUUUGCUGGCACCUUGAUGGGUCUUACCAAUUGUGCCGCUAACAUCAUGAGUAUUAUAGCUCCACUUACUGUCGGUCUAAUAGUCACCGAUGAGGAGAAUCCUUUACAAUGGCGUAUAGUAUUCUAUUUAACAGCUGGCUUUUAUUUUCUGGGCAAUUUACUAUUUCUUAUAUGUGGGCGCACAAGUCCUCGCACUUGGAAUUUUUCGUCAACCGAUUCCGACUCACAUUCCGAUUAUAGUUCACUGUCUAGCAAUGAUAAUCUCAAUGAAACUGAACCUUUACAGCAUCAUUCUAAUUCUUAGAUCUUAAAAUAUUUUAACCAGAAAUGCUUUUAAAGUGAAACUUCUAAACUAUUAAUGGGUGCUAAGCAUAUGAUUUUUUUUUCUCAUAUUUUCUUAAAGUUGCAAUAAGUUUAUCUAUGAUUCGGAGAAUAUAAAGAGUUAUCUAAAGUUACUUAAAUUAAAUCGAAUAUAGUCUUAUAAAGA